UAAUAGAAGCAAGACUAGCUAAGAAAAGGCACAUGGAGAAGUUAAAACAAUUCGAGAAUGUUGAUCCUGAUUGGCUAAUAGAGUUGAAGAAGCAAGAGGAAGAAGUAGCUUCUGGUAAAAGUGAGAGACAAAAGGUACUUACUUCGUACUUUCUCUUUAUAUGUCAUUUUGCAAUGUACUGAAUCUGAUGAGUUAUAUAGGAUUUAUUGGCAAUGGAUGAUUCGGAAGCGCAAGUAUAUACACAAACAGACGAGGAAGCCGUUGAGGAAGAAACAGAUAGAGCUAACAAAGACAGUUGCGAGCGGAAAGAUGAGGUGCCACAAAAGGAGUCAUCCACAUCAAUGGCAGGUCUACGUCAAAGAAAAUCGAGUGUCAGUCGUGAAAAUGAGACAACCAAUAUCGAACAUGUACUACAACAUCACCGUCAAUUACACGAUGAAUUGACAACAGAUUUGGGACGUAUGGCAAAGCAACUUAAAUUAAAUAGCCAAGCAUUUGGUGAUAUUUUGUCGAAAGAUGACUAUGUAUUGCAGGAGGCAACAAAAACAGUAGAGAACAAUUUAGAGAAAAUGACAUUAGAAAGGCAGAGAUUGGAUAAGCAUUACUCCAAAUCUUGGGGAACUAGUUUUAUGUCCCUAUUCGUUGUUUUAUUCGUGGUUAUCAUGUUUGUACUCGUCUACUUCACCAUUCGCUACCUACCCAAACCUUAACUGAGCAAGCUUUGUUGAAAAGCAAUAAAUCUAAUAUAUCAGCUUUUUUCAAGUACAAAAUGAAUGGCCGUAAUUAUCCCA